GCUCAUGUACACAUUUAAAUAGCCGCUUUCUCGCUGAGCAAGAAGAAGAAGGAGAAGUAGUAGCACCACUCUUCUCUACUCCAGUUUCAAUCCCUUCAAUCGGAGAAAGGACCUCCUCUUCGCCGGCAUCGGAUCAGAUUAGCUGGAUAUGGCAACGUUCGUUCCUCCGCCCCCCGUCGCGCCAGCUGCCGCCGCUUCCAGUUCAGAUGCGGAGCAGCCUAAAAUUGACUACCUUAAUCUUCCUUGCCCCAUUCCCUACGAGGAAAUUCACCGCGAGGCACUCAUGUCGUUGAAGCCAGAACUCUUUGAAGGAUUGCGAUUUGAUUUUACAAAAGGACUCAAUCAAAAAUUUUCUCUCAGCCACAGUGUGAUGAUGGGACCUACUGAGAUUCCUGCUCAAUCUGCCGAGACAAUUAAAAUCCCCACUGCUAAUUAUGAAUUUGGGGCCAACUUUAUAGACCCAAAGUUGAUGCUUUUUGGGAGGGUGAUGACAGAUGGCAGACUAAAUGCAAGACUAAAAUGCGAUUUGUCAGAUAAUCUUACUUUGAAGGGCAAUGCUCAACUUACCAACGAGCCUCAUAUGUCGCAUGGCAUGUUCAAUUUUGAUUAUAAGGGUUCGGAUUAUAGGACUCAGUUUCAAGUAGGAAAUGGAGCCUUACUUGGUGCAAGUUACAUACAGAGCGUGACCCGUAAUUUGUCUUUAGGUGGUGAAGUAUUCUGGGCUGGUCAACACCGGAAGUCUGGCAUUGGCUAUGCGGCACGUUACAACACUGACAAGAUGGUCGCAAGUGGGCAAGUUGCCAGCACUGGGAUGGUAGCCCUUAGCUAUGUUCAGAAAGUAUCUGACAAGGUUUCUCUGGCAACUGACUUAAUGUAUAACUAUAUGUCUGGGGAUGUCACAUCCAGUGUUGGUUAUGAUUACAUUCUUCGGCAGUGCCGCCUGCGAGGAAAGAUUGACUCCAAUGGUUCAGUGUCUGCUUUCCUCGAAGAGAGACUCAAUAUGGGUCUCAAUUUUCUGCUUUCUGCGGAGAUAGAUCACCGAAAGAAGGAUUACAAGUUUGGCUUCGGCUUGACAGUGGGAGAAUAGGACAUGAACCAUAUUCGUUAUCGAGUCUCAAAUUAAGCUGAUAAUUACAAGGUGAGAGCAGGAGUUAGGCAAUCCCUCUCCUCUUAAAACUGGAGCCAGUUUUCUAUGCUCUAAUGACCUUAUUCGUUAGCAGUGAGAUCUGCUGCAGCACAUUUGCUAGUAGAUGGUUUUUACAGGUUUGCGAUAUUACUUUUAUCUGAGACAACUUUGUUCUAUAGCUAAUGAAUGAGACCACGAUUUUCUUCUGUGGUUGGAUUAAUGAAUUACUACAUCAUAAAUCAGUGCCUUGAAUUUGCUCUUUGGGGCUAAGGUGAUACUACUAGUUACACACAUUUGAGUAUUUCGAUCUAAA